UUUUAGUGUAUUAGCACUUUAAUUCUAAGGAAGAAUGUUGGAAUUUUAGUGUUUAUCACUUUAAUUUCUAAACAAUUCGGCUGCUUCAUUAGAAGUUUGUUUUAUCUUAUUUUAGUGUUUGAAUUAACUGUUUUAACAGUUUUUAAACAGUUAUUAACAGUUUGGAAUCAGUUUUAGUUAAUUAACUGCCUUGGCAGUUAAUUGUCGACGGUUUAGGCUGAUUUUUGAUUAAAUACAGAUCAGAGAAUGAACAAUCAUCUAAGGAAACUUAGUCUUAUCCGAUCAUAGAUUUUGUGCACUCAAAAUACUUGAUCUGAAAGUAUUUUAUACGAUUCUAAGUUAUCCAAGUCUUCUAAUAAGGAUUCCCUAAUCCUAAGUCACAAAAUCAUCAUUAUAUAUCUUACUUAACAAAGAUCAAGUAGUUUGAAGAUGACUGGACCCAAUUCAGUGAGGGAGAUGACUGCAAACUUCACAAAACUGGAGAAGUUUGAAGGAGUAGAUUUCAGAAGAUGGAGAAAGAAGAUGCACUUCUUGCUGACCACCCUGAAGGUUGUUCAUGUACUCACAACUACCAUGCCAGAACCGACUGAAGAUGAAUCUCUGGAACAAACCAGAAUGAGGCUGAAAUGGGAGAAUGAUGACUAUGUGUGCAGAGGGCAUAUUCUCAAUGAACAAGAUGAAAAGCUACCUAUACAAACAUGGAAUCCAAGUUGUUCCAAUAAAGCUCUGGACUUAGCUUUAUAAAUGUUUGUUGAAGGAUAUGGACACUAGACUUGUUAUAAAGGUGUCAGGUUUAGAUUAAUUGUUUGAUAAUUAUGUGUAUAUUAAGACUGAUAUUCAAAGGAAUUGUAAGAGUUCAAGUCUUAGACCACUCUUAUAAUUAGAAUGUUUGUACAUUGAUAUACUAAAAUGGAAAUUCAAUCCUUGUGAUAUUUUCAUUUAUGCAUAAUUUUUGUUUUCUGUUCUUUUGAUUUGAUCAUGCUUAUAAAUCCACUAAAAUAGGGGAGGAAUGUUGGAAUUUUAGUGUAUUAGCACUUUAAUUCUAAGGAAGAAUGUUGGAAUUUUAGUGUUUAUCACUUUAAUUUCUAAACAAUUCGGCUGCUUCAUUA